AUGGAGGAGAAUUUCCACGUUACAUGGGACCACCACCAACCAAAAGUCCUAUCACUAUGUAAUAAUCUACUACAGAAUGGAAAACUAGUGGACGUCACAUUGGCAGCUGAAGGCAAACGUCUGAAAGCACACAGGCUUGUUCUUUCAGCGUGCAGUCCCUAUUUCGAGUUGUUAUUAACAGAAGAAUAUGAUAAACAUCCCAUUUUAAUUUUGAGAGAUGCAAAAUUCCAAGAACUAGAAGCCAUUGUGGAGUUUAUGUAUAAAGGUGAGGUGGACGUGCCCCAAAAUCAAAUGGCUGAAUUUCUCAAGUUAGGCAAAUCAUUGCAAAUUAAAGGACUAGAGAAAUUCACCGCAUAUCAUCAACAAUUGACAAACAACAAGAGGAGCGGCCCUGAUGAUGAAGAAUGCUCAGUCACAAUGUCACUAGAACUUCAAAAGAAGCAAAGAGUGCAAUGCAAUAAUGAUGCCUCUAACUCUGUUACAAAAGAAACUGAUAUGCCUAAUAUCAUUGAGACCGAACCAAAAAUGUCUGUUAAUAUAAGAAAGGAAACUGAAAUGCCUAAUAUCAUUGACACUGAACCAAAAAUUCUAACACAGACACAGAAAGACAACCAAAUUUCCAAACUUAUUAUUGAUAGAAAUAAGCAAAUGAUAUUGAGUAAGCAAGAGAAUGAGAGAGCAUUAGCAGCUUAUCUUGAAAAAAAAGCAAAUCUUGGAAAAUUAAUAAGAAACAAUAAACCAAGAGAUGAAGUCUAUUUAACACCUAAGCAGGUGAUAGAUCCACAAAAGAACUCAAAAAAUAUUAAAAUAUUCAUAGGAAACAAGGCUUAUACAAAGAAGAUGACAAAUCACCAAAUAUUCACAUAA